UAAACGUGCUCAUUCAGAGUAGGCCGACAGCUGGCAUCAAGGAAAGGUCUUUAUACCACAGCUGCAAGGAUUACGCAGUCUUUGAUUACCAGUCUUGAAAUCGCUGGAUGAUGGCUGGUGAACGUUAUCUGACAAGUUUUCGUCUCUCAUUCAUCGUGUUUGCCACAUUGGUAUCGUUGACGUUGGGAUUUUUCAGCCAGAAACCACGUUUAAAGGGUGAACGCAUAAUUAUAGUCGAUGUUGAAGCAGAUGACACCGCUCGUCUCAAGCCGACGUUACAAAGCUUUAAGAAAAAAUGGAAAUGGGAAGUUUUUUGGUACAAGAACAACACGCUCAUCCGAAAGCGAAGAAAUAGCAAGAAAUAUCGUUUUAAAAAUCUCUUGCUAAGAAUCAAGCACGUCAGUAAAGACGAUGCUGGCUUGUAUAAAUGUGUCAUCAAAAAUAAAUUUGGGAGUGCUAGCCAAUUUUUCAAUCUUACUGUUGGCGGUGAACCACCAGGAAUCAAGGGACAGGGUCCUCCUUGGUUCCCAAGGGCCCCACCUAAGGAAAAGUUCAUUGCAUGGCCAGCAUCAAUAGACCUAAAACUCCGAUGUCCCGCCGACGGUGAACGCCCACUCAGAUACAAAUGGUAUAAAGAUGGAAAGCCGGUGCAACAUCGACUGUUAGAUCCCAGCUUCAAUAGCACAAGAUGGCAUUUGACAAUAAAAAUGUCCGUACUUUCUGACAACGGUUUAUACACGUGUCUUGUGACAAACAAGCUUGGGAAUGCAAGUCGGCGAUUCAAAGUGCAAAUUCUUGAAAGAGCACAGGUCGCUCCUAUAUUAUCAGAUCACUAUCCUAAGAAUUACACAAAAAAGAUUGGAUCAAAUGUAACAUUUCAGUGCAUUGAGCUCGUCAGUCCAAUUCUAACGGACUACAGAUGGUUGUUUUGGAAAGGUGGUAGCUAUCCAAAUUUGCAAAUGCUAAAGGACCUUUCCUCGCUUAAUUCAACGUACUUCAAGAUGAUAAGCCCGCUUCAGUACCAAUCGUUUAAAGUUGCGCCUGGCAAAUAUGGUGGAAGAGUAUUGCUUACCAACGUUACGAAGAAAGAUCAGGGAUGGUACACAUGUUUGAUCAGUAACAACCUAGGCAGGGGAUGGCGAACUGCACACUUGACCGUGCUCACUGAGAAGGAAUGGGAUGAUAGGUUUGUUGUGAAAAGAAAUCCUACAACUGCACCAGAAAAGAGAAGCAAUUCCAACGCGAUAGGAGAGAGAAGUAUUAUAGCAAUUUCAGUGUUUGCUGUUUGCAUCUUAAUCACUUUCAUCAGUGUCAGCAUUGGCAUCGUAUUUUACAAGCGGAAACUAUCGAAGAAAGUUGUUGAGAAGGUGUUGUAUUCGCGUGGUUUUGAUUUGUCCAAGGAAAGCUCUAAUGUUUUUGUCGGUCAGCAAGAUUCGGUGAAAGUGUUUGGUCUGAAGAGGAACGGGCGAUUGGAGUCGAGUAGUUUUACCAGUUCAACGAUGCCUUUGAUGCACAGACAGAACAGUUACCGGACUAGACUACCAUCAAAUAUUGACGCGGAUUUGAACGAAGGCGAGUUUGAACUUCCUUAUGACGAGGAAUGGGAGAUUGAAGAGUGUCAGCUUGCAAUCAAGGACGAGAUUCUUGGUGAAGGGGCCUUCGGGUUGGUAAUGAAAGCCGACGCAUUUGAUCUGCCUGGACAUCCAAAAUGCCACACAGUUGCGGUCAAAAUGUUGAAAAAUGAUGCGACCAAAGUGGAGCUUGCCGAUCUCGUCUCCGAAAUUGAAACAAUGAAAAGGAUCGGCAGUCACAAGAAUAUUAUAAAUUUUCUUGGCUGUUGUACGCAGAACGGGGCAUAUUUUCUGUACAUGGUCGUUGAGUACGCACCUUAUGGCAAUCUUCGAGAGUUUCUUCGAAAUCGCAGACCUGCAGUGCUGAACGCAAGAUUACCAUGCGAUCCUAACAGCAAUCUGGCACCGGUCACGACAAGAGAUUUCAUAUCAUUUGCUUUUCAAAUCUCGAGAGGAAUGGAACACUUGAUUGCAAGAAAGUGUAUUCACAGAGAUUUAGCUGCAAGAAAUAUAUUAGUUGGUGAAGACUACGUCAUGAAGAUUGCAGACUUCGGAUUGGCUCGUCACACGCGCAUGGAUUACUACAGAAUAACAACCGACGGAAGACUGCCAGUCAAAUGGCUUGCAAUCGAAGCACUAUUAGACCGAGUUUAUACCAUACAGAGCGAUGUGUGGGCGUUUGGUAUUCUUCUAUGGGAGAUAUUCACACUAGGUGGAUCACCAUAUCCCGGCAUUCCAGUAGAGAAAUUAUUCGAAUUCUUAAACAACGGUUACAGGAUGGAAAAACCAGAAAAUUGCCCUUAUCAAAUCUACGAAAUGAUGUUGAAAACGUGGAGUGAAAAUCCUUCACAUCGACCAUCAUUUGCCCAGUUGGAACGUGAACUUGAAAAGAUGUUAUCAAGCCUUACCAACCAGGUAGUGUGGAAGGACUCAAAGGAACUAGGGAUGGCAAGAGUGAAAACACCAGAUGGGAAGAACACAUAUGCUGUUGCUCGUUAUCGUCCUGCAGGAAAUAUGAUGGGAGACUUCGAAGCGAACGUCUUUAAGAACAAAUCAAAAGAUCCACCGCUUUUCGUGAAAAACAUCGAUGUGUCACGUGGUGAAGAGCAACACAGCCGCAUAGUGACAACAUCGCGCGAAAAGAAUGAUGGGAAACGGCAACAGACACGCGUUGUUGCUAAAGAAACAAAAAUAAAUACUCCACAAGGCACAAGAACGGUCAAAACAACAACAACUUAUACAACAACAUCAGGUAGUCAAUUGAAGAAUGACGACCCUUCAAAAAAGUUCAAGUCUCUUCAAAUCAACGACAAGGAUGACAAAGCGUCUGGAAGGCCGCAAGCAAACACUGCCAAUGCGAAACCAUCUGGUCCUUUUCAAGAAGUGGCUUUGAAGCAGCACAAUCAUUACCGUCGUUUACAUCAAGUACCUGACCUACGUUGGAGCAAUGAACUUGCCCGUGAUGCUCAAACUUGGGCCGAUAAGAUUGCCCGCAAAAAUACCAUGCAACAUGCAUCAUCAGGAGAGCGCAAAGGAGAUGGUGAAAAUUUGGCAUAUUUUGGUGGCAGAUUUGGUGAUAUUGGCAAAGAUUCAGUAGACAUGUGGUACAGCGAAGAAAAGAAGUAUAAAUACAGCAAUCCAGGUUUCAAAAGCGGAACGGGUCAUUUUACUCAGGUUGUGUGGAAAGAUUCAAAGGAAGUUGGUAUGGGCUGGGCCAAGUCACCGGAUGGAAACAGCGUUUUUAUUGUGGGUCGCUAUAGACCAGCUGGAAAUAUGAUGGGUUCAUUUGACAAAAAUGUUUUCCCUCCAAAGAAGUAGAAAUCUGCUGCGAGUUCAACAUGUAUUUUCGUAACGCACGUUAUGGCACACGGCUUUUGCAUCACUCACAAUGACAUUAUCACGUGGCUUAAUAUUUUAAAGUAGAUAAAGUGUAGUUUUGUUAAUUUGUUCUCAUUUUUUUAACUCAUUUAGCAACAAUUUCAUAAGUAUUUCACUUGUAAACUAAUUGGAUAGAAGGGCAAAAAUUGCCUUUUUGGUAUGAAUAAAUAAAAAAUAUAUAAAUUGC